UUGCUAGAGAGUGCGUUUACAGUUUUCAGCGCAAGCUACGUUCCUAUGUUGCUACCACGACCACAGACCAAAAUGCGUUGGACAUGGCUACAAACUACAAUUCCUGACGAAAGUUGGAUCAUUUUGAUAAUGGAGAAUCAAUUUGAGGGGAACAACAAGCGUUAGUCACCUGGAUAUAGCUGCAAUGCAUUCCGUUGGCUACUUAUUUGAGAGAUAGGGGAAAACUGCAACUCCUGUUGUGGUGUUCAUGGAGGCUCACAGGACCAUUUCAGUGAGCGAGAGGACCGGUGAAAUGUCACCUGUGUAGUGUUGUUGUACACCUUGUAGUAAAGUAUUUACAAAGACGAGAGUGCGGAGUACAAAAGCCUGGAUCCCCAUAUUCUGCGUCAAUUUAUAAAUUGGCCUGUUCAAAUGUGAGCAAAAAAAGUUAUCACGACAGCAGCUGCGCUGUGGGAGGUACCUCGCGAGCAACAAGAUGAUAAGAUCAUUGAUAUGACCUACUCCUUUAUCCCGUUUAGUAAGCAUUAGUCGAUUAUAAUGAGCUUGUAGGUAUCAAAGUAAAAGGUGGACGUCGCUGUGGUUUCAAAGCACCUUCAAUUAUGUGCCGGACUAGCUUCUUGAUCUAUCUAGGCUACUAAGACAUUCAGACAGUUUUUCCAUUAAGUAGUUUUCAGAAUUUUGAAUGAACUCUCAUAUCGUGUUGUGGAAUUUGGAAUGACUUUAUGUCAUUGCCGCACACACCUUGGACCAGCGUCUAGAGCUCCAACGCUAUUGACUGCAACCCACCCGGGAUAGUAGGCUACACAGGAAGAAUUGCGCAGUUUUCAGGUUUUUGUUUGUGUAGUCUUUUUACGGGUUCAAUUGGCACCCAUUUAAGCUCAGCUGGGUAUUUCAACCAUGUCCUCGAAAGACAAUCCAUGUCGGAAAUUCCAAGCCAACAUUUUCAACAAAAGUAAAUGCCAGAAUUGCUUUAAACCAAGAGAAUCUCAUUUAUUGAGCGACGAAGAUUUAAAUCAGGCAAAACCUAUAUAUGGAGGAUGGUUGCUCCUGGCUCCAGAAGGAACCAAUUUUGGCAAUCCCUUGCACAGAUCUCGGAAAUGGCAGAGGAGGUUCUUCAUCCUAUACGAACAUGGAUUACUCCGCUACGCCCUGGACGAGAUGCCCAGCACGCUACCCCAGGGCACCAUCAACAUGAACCAGUGCUCUGACGUCAUCGACGGGGAGUCCAGGACGGGCCAGAAGAACUCCUUGUGCGUUCUCACCCCCGACAGAGAGCACUUCAUCCGGGCCGAGUGCCGCGAGAUUAUCAACGGAUGGCAGGAGGCCCUGACGGUCUAUCCCCGGACCAACAAGCAGAACCAGAAGAAGAAGCGCAAAGUGGAGCCACCCACUCCUCAGGAGCCCGGACCAGCCAAGGUGACAGUGACCAGUAGCGGGGGCAGUAUCCCCUGCCUGCCCAGCAGUAUAGCCAGUGCAGAGCGGGUGCCGGCCAGCCGCUCCACACUGUGGCAGGAGGAGAGAUGGAGCAGGGCAUCCACCAUCCCCUGCAGCCGCAGCGCCUCCUGUCUCAGCCAGCUGACCCAGAGCCACCCGGGGUCAAGCGUCACCAGAGAGGACGGUAGCUCCCUGAGCGGCGGACGCAAGGUGCGAGUGGAGAGUGGCUACUUCUCCCUGGAGAAGACCAAGUCGCCGGAGCCCCCCCAGCCUCCCCAGCACCAGCCCCUGACCACCUCUACCUCCCUCGGCGUCCUCCACCACAGGUACAGCCCCUGUGACUCCCCCUCGUACCCAAACACCUCCCUGAACUACCCCUCCUCAGACCCCCUCCCCUCCCCAGGCGCCCUUCUCUCCCCUAGCUACUCCACCGUCAGCUCCUCCCAGAGCUCCCUUGACUCGGAGCCCAGCAGCAAUGCCCUGAGCUGGGACAGCCGAGGCGGGGCAGGUGGGAAUGUUGGCGGCGGUGGUGGUGGUGGGGGAAGAGUGGGACGACCAGGCAAGGACUACGUGGUGCUGUCGAACGUGCCGCGGGCUCGCCGGCUGAGCCACCGCGAGGCCUUCCGCUCGGACAAGAAGAGGGUGGAGCUGAGGGCGCGCACACGCAGCCCCGGACGGGAGGAGGUGGCCAGGCUGUUUGGGCUGGAGCGCAGGCGUUCUCAGGUGAUAGGGAAGUUUGAGUCGGGGGAUGGGGAGGGCGUGGAACACAUGGACACCACCUCUCCUUCGGAGCCCCCCUCCAAUACCGUGUCUGUCCAGAGGCAGGGGCGUAGCGAGAGACGCUCCCUCGCUUGCAAACAGGAGAUGUCAUUGGAUGCUGAGAAGGAGCAUCGCGUUCCUGAUGUGUCCUGCUCAUUCAACUUCCGGAGGGCAAAGUCCCUGGACCGCCGAGUGACCGAGUCCUCUAUGACUCCAGAUCUGUUGAAUUUCAAGAAAGGAUGGAUGACCAAGCUAUACGAGGAUGGAAUGUGGAAGAAACACUGGUUUGUUCUCACAGACCAGAGUCUACGAUACUACAGGGACUCAAUAGCUGAGGAGGCUGCUGAUAUGGACGGCGAGAUUGACCUGUCCACCUGUUAUGAUGUCACAGAGUUCCCAGUACAGAGGAACUAUGGCUUCCAAAUCCUUAGUAAGGAGGGGGCGUGCACCCUGUCGGCCAUGACCUCGGGAAUCCGCCGCAACUGGAUUCAGGCCAUCAUGAAGAACGCGCGGCCCACCAUCGCUCCUCCCGAUGUCACCCGGAAAAACGUCUCUCUGAAACUGUCGGUUCUGAAGCCCAGCUCCCUCCUUGAGGAGAAGGCCAGAGGGCGGGUGGUGCUGCAUCCGUCUCCCCAGCCAGGCCCUGACCCCAGCCCCGAGAGCCCCCGGGUGGAGGUCCGGGUGGUCAAAACACAGAGGUCCGUAGACCACGCUCUUGCCACAGUCGCCACCCCCGCCUCGGAGCCACGCAAGAGCCGGGUCCGAGAGCGUAGGCGAGAAGGCCGCUCCAAAACUUACGACUGGUCCGAAUUCCAGCCCGGACAGACGGAGGACCCCAAGAGGGACAAAGCACCAGAUACUGUUGACCCCAGCUCUGCUUCUUCCUCUUCCACCACCUCUUCGUCCUCCUCCACUUCUUCCCUGGCGUCCUCCCCCGUCUCCACCACCUCUUCCCCGCCAACUUCCUCCUCUAUUUCGGCCCCUCCACCCGGCCGGGGCUCCGCCGUGGCAACCAGGGAGGAGUCAGAGCAGGAGCGGGGGCGGCGGCGGGAAGAAAGACCACAGCGCUUUAAGCAGGACACCCACGCACCCAGCACGGUCACCACCACAAUGACGGCCACUGUAAAUGCAGUGGGGGCCGAACCGAGGAAGCCCGGGGAGUCCCAGGACCAGGGGAGGAUGGAGGUCGACCACCCUGAGCCUGGUGCGGAGGGGAGCGGGGAGAGCGACGGCAGAGCCCCCGACGUGCAGGUGGAGAUCGAGCAGCGGUGGCAUCAGGUGGAGACCACGCCGCUCCGAGAGGAGAAGCAGGUGCCCAUCAGCACCACUGACGCCUGCCUCACUGAGAGACUGCCCCCACAGGAGCUAGCUGCCCUGCUGGACAAAGAGCUGGGGCAGACCCAGAAGGAGCUGGCCAGGCUGCAGGAGCAGAACAACAUGCUGCAGGAGCAGCUCGAAGAUGCCAGAGGCAGAGAGCACAGUGCCAGGGAGGGCUACGUGCUACAGAGCGGCACCUCGCCCCCCUCCUCCUCACCACACAGAGCGCCAUGGCAACGUCUGCAUAAGCUCAACCAAGACCUGCAGAAUGAUCUGGAGGCCCAGCGACGCAAACAGGACCUGGCCCAGCACCAGGUGCAGACUCUGAGGAGGAGCUACACCGAUGCCCAGGACGCCAUUGGACGCCACGAGGCUGACAUCCAGGCCCUGCAGGCCAAGCUCAGCUCUGCCAUGGCUGAGAUCCUGGCCAGCGAGCAGGCCGUGGCCCGCAUGAGAAACGAACUCAAGCUGGAGCAGGAGCGCUCCCGGGAGCAGGAGGAGGAGUGGGUGCGCAGCGACGCCACUUUGCGGGUCCAGCUAAGGGACAGCGAGGACAGGCUCCGGGAGGUGGAGGCCAGCCUUCUGGAAAGGAGCCAGGCCCUGAGGCAUCUGGAGCGCCAGCAGGCCCUGCAGAGGGACCACCUGAGGGAGGUGCACAGGCUUCAGGAGAGGCUGGCGGAGGUGGCAGGCCGGCUGAGCGCCACCGAGCAGGGCCAGGCCCUGAAGGAGGAGCGCCUGAGGACGGAGCAGCGCUCCCUGCAGGAGAGCCAUGAGCGGGAGAGGCAGAGCCUAGCCCGGAGGCUGGCUGAGGCAGAGUCUGGGCGGGCAGAGCUGGAGGAGAGGCUGCUGGAGGCAGAGCAGCAGGUGGAGGCUCUUCUGAGGGGGAUGCGCGCCUCUGAUGGAGACGAGGUCAGGGAGGAAGUGAUGCGGCUGCAGGAGGAUUUGGCCCAGACAACGGAUGUGGCGGAGACGCUGAGGGAGAGCGUCCGCAGGCUGGAGGAGGAGAAGGGCCGCCUGACCUGCCGCUGCCAGGAGCUCCUCAACCAGAUCUCUGAGGCAGACCGGGAGGUGACCAAACUCCGUAGCCGGCUGGAAACCGAGGAGGCCGACUACUAUACACUGGAGCACUCCUAUGAGAGGGCGUCGGAGGAGUUCCAGAAGAUCAGCCGUGUGCUCCAGGAGAAGGAGGAGGAGAUACGGCAGACCAAGGAGAUGUACGAGAGACUAGUGGAGCGCAAGGAGGAGGACCUGAACGAGGCCCUCAUCAAGAUGGCCGCCCUGGGUAGCAGCCUGGAGGAGACUGAGCAGAGGCUUCAGGCCAGGGAAGCGCUGCUCUGCCAGAUGGACAAGGGCCAGAGCGAAGCCUGCAGUGCGGAGACGGACCUGCAGGCCAAGCUGGUGGUGGCAGAGGACCGCAUUGCAGAGCUGGAGCAGCACCUCAAUGCCCUGCAGCUGGGCUAUGCCGACCUUCGGAUGGAACGCCAACGAGCCCAAGAGGGGGCUCUCCAUGCUCGGGAAACAACCAAGGAAAGGGGCCAGUCGUCCUCCAACUCCUUGCCAACGAACACAGACUCCUCGCUGACCUUUGACUUGGGUUCCAAGGUGAAGAGCUCCUCAGACAGUGAUGAGUCUCAAGCGAAAAGGCAGAGGAUACGGUUCUCCAGCAUUCAGUGCCAAAAAUACAUCCAAUCAGAGGACCUGGAGACGAGUAAUGCAGACAACACUUCCUCAGACAUAAGCGAAGAGAUUAGCCAAGAGAUCAGCCAAGACUUCCAACUGUCCAUGGAGACCAACUCUUCUGAUAUUACAUUCCAGUUCUGCAGCGACCCAGAGAAGUUUAUUUCCAUCAUAACUGCCCUGGAGAUCAAGCUUCUGGCCACAGAGGAGAAGCUUAGAGACCUCACCCAGAAGCUUGAGGAGCAGCGGGUGGACCAGCCAGAGGGUCUGAUGGAGGGACAAGGCUCCUGGGCAGGGACUGAUUCAGAGCUCCAGGAGCUCAAUGCUAGACUCGAACAGGAAGAGGCACCCAGCAGUGCCCUCCCUGGGCCAGUUAGUCAGAUUACAGCUGCUAAGCACCAAUACGCCAAGGCCCUAGUCUGUGUAGAGUCCAGUAGGGAGAAAGUCAGGGGUAUUCUAAGUAGUCAUUGCCCGGGCAGUACAGGGCUGCAGCUCCACACUUUGUCUGAGAUCGAGAAUGAGUUAGUUAGUGCAACAUUGUACAUUAGAGAGGGCGGGAUGACAUGGAAUGAGCACCCGUCAGAGGUCACACAAAGUCCAGCCCAAGAGAUUCACAAGAGCAAAGCAUCGAAUGAGGAAACGAUACGACUCUUUGCCAAAACACUGUCUUUUGAGGCAAUGGUUUUGAAUAAGAUGGCUUUUUUGAUACAGAACCCAGACUCGGACCUUUUGCAACGUCUUAUCGAGAUAUGUAGAGAGACUGAGACCAUCAAAAGAAGUGAUGGCGAUUGUGUGGCAAUUGUUUAUGCAGAUGUCUUGACCAGGAAGCUAAUGUUAGAGAGUGCCUUCUGGGCCGAGGUGGAGAAAAUGGAAUCCCGUUGUGAAUUGAUGCAGGGAGAAAGCUCAGAUGUUAAAUCAACAGUGGCUAGUAUGUCCCUUGAGGCUAAUGUUACUGUUAUCUAUAACACCUGUGUCAAAGCUGAAUUAUCGCACUCUCUUCAGAGUCUUAAGAGCUUUUAUGAGGAGAAGUUCAAAAUGCUCAAAAGGGAAUUGGCCCAAGCCCAUGGGAGCUUACAACAAAGGGAAUCUGCUUUGAAAGAGAUUAUCCAAGCUCCCAAAAGACUUGAUUUGACAGAAGUCCUUCAAGACGUCAGUAGUGAGUUUGGCUUUAGUGAGGAGCAGAGUUUAGCUGACGUAAGUGAACUGACUCCCUAUAUGGAGCAGAUUGAAAUGGAGGAGGCACAGGAUUUGGCUGAGGAAGUAGUGGAUAGACACUUAGUGGGAGGCGUGCCAUCUUGUAGCGUUGACUCUGUUGAGUCUCUGCAAGUUGGGCGAGACAACUUGGCCGCUGAGCUAGAGAGACAGGCAGCUAUCCUCCACAGAUUUUCCCAAGCGAUUGAGAGCGGCAGCCAUCCUGGCUUAGCCAAUAUUAUCCAAGCAAACUCAAGUUACCAAUCCACCCUCAACCUCACGGGUGGCUCCCUUUGCAUGCGUGAGGCGCUUAUCCAGGCCCAGGUGGCCUACGUAGCCUGUAGGCUAAGAGCCGACCACGAGCGGGACCUGGUCCGAUAUCGGCAAGCUGGCCAUAGCAUGGACGUACUUGUCCAGGAGCACGCCUGCACUGUUGGUGCCAUUCGGGAGCGCUACGAGGCCUCCCUACAGGAGGAGCGCCAGGGCUUCACGUGUACAAUGGCCUCCCUUCAGGAUGAGAACCAGGCCCUGAGAGGGGAAAUGGGCCAGCGAGUGGAACAGCUCUCCCAGCAGCAGGAGCGGCUGGCUCUCCUGGAGGAGCGCUUCCACAGGGAGACCGAGGAGCUGAGGCAGAGGCACCAACUGGAGCUGAGUCAGGCGGAGCAGGGCCGGGCCUCCACCGAGCUGGCCCUGAUGGAGACCACGGCCGACAGCCAGCGGAAGCUGGAAGUCCUGCUGGUGGACAUGGACACCAUAGAGGAGCGCCACGAAGGCCACCUAAGGAGACUGGAGGAGCAGUUCCAGGGGCAGAUCCGAGAGCUGCAGCAGGUCCACCAGGAGGAGAUCCAGAGGCUGCAUGCCCACUACACAGAGACCAUCCGCUCCAUCCAAGACCAAGAGGAUAGCGGAAGCAAGGGCGAUAGUAGCCCUGAGUCGGGCCACUCUCAGUCUCCACUACCCGAGGAGGUCACCCCAUCCACUGAGCAGGCUUGGCCCAUGGAGGAAGAGGAGCAGGGUAAGGGGGAGGAGGGUCAGGCUAGGGUGGCGACGGACCCCAUGGUAGUCCUGAAGGACAGGAUCCAGGAGUUGGAGACCCAGAUGGACACCAUGAGGGACGAACUGGAGACCAAGCAUCUGGAGGGAGAUGUGGCCAGCCUGAGAGAGAAAUACCAGAGAGACUUUGAAAGUCUAAAGGCUACGUGUGAGCGAGGCUUCACAGCCAUGGAGGAGACCCACCACAAGGUCGUCGAGGACCUCCAGAGGCAGCACCAGAGGGAGGUCUCCAAACUACUGGAGGAGAAGGAGAGGCUACUGGCUGAAGAGACGGCCGCCACCAUCGCUGCUAUUGAGGCUAUGAAGAACGCACACCGAGAGGAAAUGGAGAAGAACCAGCGCUCCCAAAUCAGCGGACUGAGCACCGAUAUCGACGAGCUGCACGAGCAGUAUCAGGAGGAGCUGCAGUCGAUCCAGAGGGAGCUGGAGGUGUUGUCGGAGCAGUACUCUCAGAAGUGUCUGGAGAAUGCCCACCUGGCCCAGGCCCUGGAGGCUGAGAGACAGGCCCUCAGACAGUGUCAGAGGGAAAACCAGGAGCUCAACGCACACAACCAGGAGCUGAAUAACCGUCUGACCGUGGAGAUCACACGCAUGCGCUCCUGCUACAGCGGAGAAACGGCCCUGUCACCCUUCACCCAGGGCAAGGACCUCUAUGAACUGGAGGUCUUAUUGCGUAUCAAGGAGUCCGAAAUCCAGUAUCUCAAACAGGAAAUCCAUUCGCUGAAGGAUGAACUUCAGUCUGCGUUAAGGGAUAAGAAAUAUGCCACAGACAAGUACAAAGACAUCUACACAGAGCUCAGCAUCGUGAAGGCCAAGGCUGACUGUGACAUCACCAAGCUGACGGAGAAGCUACUGGUUGCCACGGAAGCACUGGGGGAGAGGAACGUUGAUGGGUCGGCUACCCCUGGAUAUGAUAUCAUGAAAUCGAAAAGUAAUCCAGAUUUUUUGAAAAAGGAACGAUCGACUCUCUCCAAGCAAAUAAGAGGUGUUAGAUCAAAGUCCGUCACUGAACAGGUCAUCUGGGAUAGCUGACACCCCCCUUGAGGGGUGAUUCUCCCCCUUACCCCAAGAUAGCCUCAAAGAGGGACUGACCGUGCAGGAGCGCAUGAAGCUGUUCGAAGCGAAAGAUUCCAGAAAGAUCUGAAUAUUGUGGACUCUGUUUCUUUUCCACACUUCACUCAAAUGAAAAUGGCGAUCAGACUGCAGAGAGCACGCCCCCCCCCCCCCUCCCCCCCGCCAGGAAGAUAAACAUACACAUUACAACUCUACCGUGAUCCUGGACUAACUGCACCCCGUUCGGAAUAGAAAGUGCUCUGACUUAAUUCAAGUUUUUUUUUGUUAUUGCCCGUUUUUUGAUUCAUUGAAAGCUUUUUAAUAUGCUACGGUUUCUCAUUUACACUGUUUAAUUCUGUGAAUAUGCUUCUUGCAGCUGUCAAUCAUGGCCUUGACGUGUUUAGAAAUGUAAUAUGGUGAUAAGUAUAUCCACUCUCCUGGGAAUUUAAAUAUGUUUUGGGCUGCAUUGCAGUUACGAGAGGGCUUAUUAAGGAUAGCAUUUAUCUUCCAUUAUGUUUUCGGCUUCUCAGUUUCUUAAUCCGCUGAAAUGCCAAAACAGAGGGGUUUGGUUCAGUAUAAUAAUCUGUCCCAAUAGGAAUCCGUUGGAAAAUCUGCUGUAGUGUUUUGUUACCACAAACAACAAUUGCUAUUUCUAAUUAUGAUGUUGUACGUGUUUUAAAUAAGUGGCUGUUCCACUUGUUGUAAAUAACUACUGGAAGAGAUAUGUAAGAGUAGGGUUGACCAGGGAUUGUGGUGGCAUCUGGUGACUACUUGAUUUACUUGAGGAAACAUAUUUUUUUUUCCUUCUAUAAUGUUGGUGUAGUGGCUUCAAGCCAACUAUAUACCGUGCAACCAAACUUCACGGCUAGGCUACUGUCAAAUAUUAUGGCAAACAACCUAACUCGCUACUGAUAACAUAUGCCUUUUUGUCGUGUGAGGUUUUCAGCCCAGAAAGUUGACCUAAUGUAGAGCUUUUGCAUGACUGUUAAUUUGAAUUAGUGAAUUGAUCAAUUCCUAUAAUUGUUCCUUUUGUGUUUUAGUGAUUGUUCAGUUUGAGCAGACCUCUCCCCGUAAGCUUUGCUUUGCUUCACCGCUCUUGUCUUUUUUAUUUUUGAUGCUGGGAGGGGAGAUGUUUAACUGAACAUGCCUUUCACUUGGUCCAAUGCCCUGACCUCUCUUUAAAACCCCAACCUCUCUUUAAAACCCUGACCUCUCUUUAAAACCCCUUUUAUCUUUCUGGCUCGUUUGAGUUCAAAGAUAAACACAUUCACAAAACCUGUGCAGCUAUGGAAACACUGUAUAGUAUUCAAAGCACGCCUUGUAAAUAUACUGUAUGCCACACAGAAGUUGUUUGUGUUACGUUUUAAAUCUGUACCUUGCUUACUAGCAACAUAUACUUACAUAUGAAAAUAUAUAUAUGAAUAUUUUUUAUUUUCGUUUGAAUGUAAAACGUCAAAUAAAUUAACCGUUUCUGAA